GCGGCCGAGCCGGGCCGUCGCCCCGGCGCCGCUGGGAGAGGCCGGCGCGGAGGGGAAGGGGCCGGCGGCUACGGAGGCGGCGGCCAAUGCGAAACUGGCUGGUGCUGCUGUGCCCCUGUGCGGUCGGGGUCGCGCUGCACCUCUGGCUGCUGCUGAGCUGCCGCGGGAGCCACCCGGCAGGUCCACUGUCCUUAUUUCCUCAGUGGAAGCUGAAACAUUAUGAUGUUAUUGUAGGUGUUUUGUCCGCUCGACACAAUCAUGAACUACGCAGUGUUAUAAGGAACACUUGGUUCAGGCACCUGAAACAACAUCCUGCACUGAGCCAACGUGUCCUUGUGAAGUUUAUAAUAGGUGCGCAUGGUUGUGCUGUGCCAGUGAAGGACAGAGAAGACCCCUACUCCUGCAAACUUCUGAACAUCAGUAACCCAGUUUUGAAUCAGGAAAUCGAAGCAUUCAGUCUCCCUGAGGAUGUACCUUCUGUGCUUUCUGAAGACAGAAUUGUCAGUGUGAAUUUUCGUGUACUUUACCCCAUUGUCAUUACCAGUCUUGGGGUAUUUUAUGAGGCUGAUGGGGUGGGAUUCCAGAGGAACAUCACUGUAAAACUGUACCAGGCGGAACAUGAGGAAGCGAUCUUCAGUGCUCGCUUUAGUCCACCAAGCUGUGGAGUGCAAGUGAACCGACUGUGGUACAAGCCGGUAGAGCAGUUUAUUUUGCCAGAGAGUUUUGAAGGUACCAUUGUGUGGGAGAGCCAGGAUCUUCAAGGCCUGGUUUCAAGAAACCUUCAUAAAGUGAUGGUGAACGAUGGAGGAGGUGUUUUCAGAGUCAUUACAGCAGGGGAAGGGUCACUGCCACAUGAACUCACAGAAGGUGUAGAGGGAAUAGCAGGUGGUUUUAUCUACACUAUUCAAGAAGGUGAUGCUCUUUUACAAAACCUCCAUACUCGCCCGGAAAGGUUUACAAAUCACAUAAAAAACCUUGAAAAAGAAGAUACUUUAUUGAAGGAAGAAAGUAUUACCUAUGAUGAUAUUGUUUUUGUAGAUGUUAUUGACACUUACAGAAAUGUUCCCACCAAACUGCUGAACUUCUACAGAUGGACGGUUGAAUCAACGAGUUUUGACUUGUUGCUGAAGACGGAUGACGACUGUUACAUUGAUUUGGAGGCUGUUUUUAACAGGAUAAUGCAGAAAAAUUUGGACAGGCCAAACAUUUGGUGGGGAAAUUUCAGACUAAAUUGGGCAGUUGACCGAACUGGGAAAUGGCAAGAGCUGGAGUAUCCAAGUCCUGCAUAUCCAGCCUUUGCUUGUGGGUCCGGCUAUGUCAUCUCCAAAGACAUUGUUCAGUGGCUGGCAAGCAACUCUGAAAGGUUAAAGACGUACCAGGGUGAAGAUGUGAGCAUGGGCAUCUGGAUGGCAGCUGUAGGACCCAAGCGAUAUCAAGAUGGUCUCUGGUUGUGUGAGAAGACAUGUGAGAGUGGCAUGCUGUCUUCCCCCCAGUACUCUCCCCAGGAACUGAGAGAGCUCUGGAGAUUAAAGGAACUCUGUGGAGAUCCAUGUAGAUGUGAGGAAAGAUGAUGGACUUGCCUUGGAAAACAGGGUAGUGUAUAGUGAUCAUGGAAAAGUGUACAUUUUGAUUUAUUCCUGGAACCAUGAGAAAUAUUAAGGUACCUUUUAAUGUUGGGUUUCAACUUAAGUAUAACAAUAUUUGCACAUCCCUUUUGAUAACUACAAGUGGACUGAUACUAUUCAUUUUCUAUAGUGUAGAUUGAUCUGACAAAAACCAAAAUGUUUAAGGUAAAAAAAUUUCCUUUUUAUAUAAAGGUAAAGACCUACUUGUAAUUAAUAAAUGCACUUAAGAAUGCCAACUAGCCUGUCUUUUGUAAAUUAAAGAAUUACUGAUUUAACUCAGUAUAGAGCAGUACCAGGAUCCAUUGGAGAGCUGUGCUCAGCAUCAGGGCAUCCGGUAAGUCUCGCUGCAGCAGGUUCUGUGCUGUCUAAGGGGGUGCCCUCAUCUGUGCAGGGGCUAGGACAGCAGUGGGGUUAGGAUUUAUGCUUAGUUUGUUUAUACAACAUUGUCAUUUUAGGUAUAAACACUAUCAAAGUUUGCUUAUACCAAAUCUUCAAGUACUGCAAACUUGGGAGGGAUUUCUGAGAGCUCACUGUGUUAUUAGAUAUGAAUCUGAGGUUACACAAGGGAAAGUGAAGUAAGAUUGAGGAACAGCACACUAAAGAAUGUAAAAUAAGUAGCAUUGCUUUGCAUUGUGCUGAGAACUUGUUUAUACUGUGGUAUGUUAACACUGUAGGGUAGGAUAAAGGUCUGUCAGAUUUUGACUUUAAUAGUCUAAGGCUGUGCAGGUACUUCUAAAAUUACUGCUGGGUUUCGUUUGCUGUAAGGUGGCUGGACGUAGGUGGAAACAAAGAGCAAGUAGCCUCUCAGUGCAGCACUGA